AAAUGGCUGAUGAUUCUGUAACCACGCCGGUUGUUAAUGAUUGUGAUCCCGCCGUCGUCGAUACUGCAACUGACGAGAUGAAGCUUCUCGGAGAGGCCGUGAAGGAACUGCCUGCUCACGCUGUAAAAGACCUGAUGACUCAAGAGGUGUGUGUCCGAUGCAUUUUUCGGCUAUUUGACGUUCAGGAAGGUAUUUAUGCUUUGGUCUCCCCAACAACCCUAUAUUCCAUUAUCGGAAAAGGAACACAGGUGGAAGCUAUGGCGACUAAGAGUUCUGGUGAAACCGAAGAUGUGAAAAUUUUGCACUCAUCUCAAGAGUCAGAAAAGUCAAGUGUUUGUUCAGUUUGCUUAGGUGCCUUGCAAUUUAGUUAUUGUGAUGAGAGAGAUGUGUUGGUAGAGAAGGAUCAUGCUGAGGAUUUUGCCAGGACAGUUGCUGAAAGUGUGAAAGAGAAGUGCCAUGAAAUUGCCAGCUAUUCUCUUGAAGUUUCGUUGCCAACAGUUAUCAAUGAAAAUGAAGAAGUGAUUGUGUCGUACAUGAAAAAGAAGUAUGCUUCUGAAGUUUGGUUUCAAGAGAAAUUCUCAUCUGAACAUAUUUCAGUAAAGGAUGCACUCAAGCUAUCUAUAACACAUUCCCUUGAACUAUUAUUGGGUGUUAAAUGUGGUGUUAGUGAUUUUCGCAUUCGUUUGACAUACGAGCAUCUUGGUGCCACAUCUGCAGAAGAUAAGGCGGGGAAAAACCAAUGCAACAAGAGACAAAAAUCAGGUGCAGAGGUUUCUAGUUUUCAUAGCAGUGAAGGGAAUGGACUCAUUAAAUGUAGUAAUGGGACAACGCAAAGUGGUGAUGUUUCAGACUUUAGUUGCCAACUGAGAAAGGUUGGUCAACCUUGUCGCAUGACUCUGCUUUGUUCUAGGGCGCCUAUCUACAUUGGUGGUCGAUAUCUGAAGUUCUCACGGAACGUGAGUCAGACCCGUUGGAUAAUUGAUGAUGAAAGGAAGGGAGAGGCAUCUGUUGAGGAACUUAUCGGUGGCAACAUCCUUCCCAUGUGUAACGGUGAUGGCUACAAGUUCCAUGCUGCAGGGAGAGAGGAUAUAGAUGUCAGGAUGUUGGGUUCAGGGAGGCCUUUUUUGAUUGAAAUACAAAAUGCGCGAAAUAUCCCUUCUGAGAUGUCCAUCAAAGAAAUGGAAAAGAAAAUAAACAGUCUGGAAAGUAACCUGGUUAGAGUAAAACAUCUCAAGGUUUUGGGGAUUCAAGGUUGGAGCUUAAUGCGUGAAGGAGAAGCAGAAAAACAGAAAGAAUAUGCUGCUUUGGUAUGGAUAUCUCGCCCUAUUAAGGAGGAUGAUCUGCAAGCCGUGUCCUCGUUUAAGGACUUGAAAGUCUUGCAGAGAACGCCAGUAAGGGUUCUACACCGUCGAAGUCCUUUAGAGCGUGAAAAGAUUAUUCAUUGGAUGAAAAUUGAGGAAAUUGCUGGGAAUUCUCAAUAUUUUCUACUUCAUCUAUGCACCCAGCUAUCUGUACGGUUGAUGGACGUUCACCAGUGGCUGGAACUUACAUCAAGGAAUUUGUUCAUGGAGAUCUCGGACGUACCCAUCCUAGCAUUGGGUCGAUUCUUGGAUGUAGAGCUGAAAUCUUACAGCUUGAUGUAACAGAUGUCAAAAUGGAUAUCUUGAACGAAUGAUAUUUUAAAUUGCCCCUUUGCCUCUUUCAAUUUGUAUGUCGUAGCAGCAUUUUAAAUUGUGAACAUUUUAAUUUGUAAAACAUUUAUCAAACCAAACUAACCUACUAUAUCCAAGGUCUGAAAUGCAUAGCGGCGAAUACAAGCCUCAACGAAGAUCACAAUCUGCUUCACAAUUGUCUAACGACCAGCCCUCGAAUCUGCUUCAAGCGUUUAAUACGCUCUCUGAAUGAUCACAAUCAUGUAGAUUAGUACAUGGAUCGGAGCCACAUCCCUCCUUGCCUACGUUGCAUGUACGCUAAAACCCUUAUGGUUUGAUCCAUUUUAAUGAUUUUUACUGUUAACUCUAUUUUGAA